AGAGAAAUUGUGCAUUCCGGACGUAGCUCUCGCGCUUUACAUACAGAAUUGCAUCUCGAAAAUGUUUCUUCGUUUAUCAGUGAUCAUCGUCGUUCUCUCUACAAUUACUCUGGUCAACUGCGACCUGGAUUUGCAAUUGUUACACUUGGUGUUUCGACAUGGCGAGAAGGUGCCUCACCGGGAAUACCAAAAUUAUCCCACGGAUCCUUACAAGGACUACUCGUUCUAUCCUAUGGGCAGCGGAGAUUUGACCAACCAAGGGAAGCAACGUGAAUACAGGAUUGGUACAAUGCUGCGUGAGCGUUACGAUCGAUUUCUCGGUCCGGAUUAUUGGCCGGAGAAGAUCUACGCGCGAUCAACGUACAUCCCGAGGACUCAGUUGUCCCUGCAGUUAGUCCUGUCCGGAUUAUUCCCACCGUCGGAGAAGCAAACGUGGAAUUCGCAUCUACCCUGGAUUCCGGCGUUCACGUUCUUCGACCCCUACGAGACUGACAAUCUCCUGUUUCCGCAUCACUGCCCCAGGUACAGAGAAGAGUAUAGCAAAUUCCUGAAGCAGGAGAAAGCGCGCGACAUGUUGAACAAGUACAAAAAUGUAUUCAGUUACUUGACCGAGCAUUCAGGAAAGAGCAUAAACACGACGUCUGCCGUCACUUAUAUCUACAACUUAUUAAAAGAGGAGGCAGCGCAAAACCUGACUCUCCCCAAAUGGACCGAGACCGUCUAUCCUACUCCGAUGAAGGAGAUAGUCGCGCUGGACUUUAAACUCAGGUCUUACACGAGGACGUUGAAACGCUUGAAUGGAGGGAUGUUGAUACGUAAAAUAGUGGAGGACAUCAAGACGUAUAAAGUAGGUAGAUUGGAGCCAUACGACAGGAAAGCGUUUCUUUUCUCUGCACACGAAAUGAACGUUGCUGCAUUGGCAAGAGCUUUGGAAUUGGACGAGCCUAUUGUCCCCGCCUACGGAGCUACCCUAAUUUUGGAAACGCUCCGCGAUAAAAAAGGGAAUUACUACAUCCGGGUUUUGUACUGGACCGGAGUCUCUGAGCAGCUGAUGAUCAAAACGAUUCCAGGCUGCGCGGAAUUGUGUCCUUUAGAAGAUUUCAUCGGUAUCGUACAGGACUUGAUUCCUAGCGACGACGAAUUCUAUUGCCACCCCAGCGGACUGAUUAGGAAAACUGUGAGCGACAGACAGCAAAGCUCCUCUGCGUCGAGUAUAAUUACGAAUGUAGUAUUAAUAAUCCUCCUCUCUUAUUUUACCUGCAAUUAUUCGUAAUUAGUAAUUCUGUUCUGAGUAGAAGAGAUACGAAUUUCAACGACGACGUCCUUAAGUAUUAAUUAUGUUAAGAAAUUAGCAUUAUCGACCACGUAGCAUUAGACUUAUACAAAUAAUGGGAACGAUAUCAUUAUCUCUAGUCAACACGGUAACUACCACCGUAAUUACCAACUACUACAGUACUUAUUAUUAUACCUUCAGUUAUUACUUAUCGAGGCUUGUUAAACGUCACAUGUUUAACGUUUUCAGUGCGCGUGGACGUAAAAACUUUCGGCUGUUAUCGAACGUCCAAAUAGAAUCGGUUUGAAAGUCUAAAAAUACAAUCGAACGAUCGUGCCAGUGCCAAUAUUCCGUAAGUGAAUAAAGUGCCGUGUUUGGCAGACACGAAA